AUGCCUAAUCUCCUGGCGAGAGUUCGGCAAUCCUCCAGCGCGUGCGCUGUAAGCCCCAGUGAAGCCGCUCUCCCUCUUGCUGACAGACCGGGCUGCCCUUUUUGCUACGUAUUUCCGGUGUGCGGUGUCUGUUCCCUGUUACUAGCCAGUGUCCAAGGCCCCGGGCCGGGAGAAGAGGAGGAGUCGUCGCCGCCGCCGGGAAGCGAACGGGGAGAAGCGGAGAGACGGAAGAAGGACACAGAUACAGAAAUGUCUUUCAUAUUUGAGUGGAUUUAUAAUGGCUUCAGCAGUAUGCUGCAGUUUUUAGGGUUAUACAAAAAGUCUGGGAAACUAGUGUUUUUAGGUUUGGACAAUGCUGGCAAAACAACACUGCUUCACAUGCUGAAGGAUGACCGGCUUGGACAGCAUGUCCCCACACUACAUCCAACAUCAGAAGAGUUGACGAUUGCUGGAAUGACCUUCACAACCUUUGACCUUGGCGGGCAUGAACAAGCUCGGCGUGUUUGGAAAAACUAUCUACCAGCAAUCAAUGGAAUUGUGUUUCUUGUGGAUUGUGUAGACCAUUCACGCCUUAUGGAGUCCAAAGUGGAGCUUAAUGCACUCAUGACAGAUGAAACGAUAUCUAAUGUGCCAAUCCUCAUUCUUGGGAAUAAAAUUGACAGAGCUGACGCAAUCAGUGAAGAGAGGCUGAGAGAAAUAUUCGGACUUUAUGGACAAACCACAGGAAAAGGAAAUGUGCCACUGAAGGAUCUUAAUGCUCGCCCCAUGGAAGUGUUUAUGUGCAGUGUGCUCAAGAGGCAAGGCUAUGGCGAGGGCUUCCGUUGGCUCUCACAAUACAUUGACUGA